AUGCUGUGUCUCCCUCUAGUGGCCGCUCUGCUCCUUCACUCUUCCCAAACAGAAGUCCAAAGCAACAUGGACUACAAACAUGGCGGAUCGGACUACACACGGGACUACAAAGACGGAGACAUAUGCUGUGGUUGGAAGUGCAUGUUGUUCACGCUGCAGUGGCCCGGGAGCUUCUGUCAGUUUCUGUCCGACGAGACUUUAUGUCACAUCCCUUCAUCCAUAAACUACUGGACCAUCCACGGACUCUGGCCUUACAAAGCGCAUAACUGUUGUCACUGUUGGCCCCUGUUCUAUUCCGACAUCAAGGAGUUGGAGACAAACCUGACUAAGUUCUGGCCGUCCUUCUUGAAAAUAACAACAGACUUCCAGUUCUGGACGUCUGAAUGGUUCAAACACGGUGUGUGUGCGGCGUGUGUCGAGGGCCUGAACUCUGCCUCCAGAUACUUCCACAGGAGUCUGCAGCUGUACCAGGAGUUCAACGUGACCAGAGUCCUGCACAGAGCGAACAUCACUCCGUCCUGGGACCAGACGUAUGAGGUGGAGCGGCUGCGACAGGCCGUACGUCCUCUGUUUGGGAACCAUCAUGAGAUCCAGUGCUUCAAAGACAAACAGGGACGGGAGCUGUUGUUCCAGAUGAAGAUCUCUCUGUUUCCGAACGGGACCAAGAACUGUUCACACUCAGAACCAAACUCAGACCACGGGCCCCGCCCCUCGCUGAUGGACCUGUUCGGGGACCUCCCGGAGCCCACACAGACCUCCGCUCCUGUUAAAACCAAAGCGCAAAGCCACAGCAACGGCGCGCAGGAUGGGGCGCGGAAGCGUAAAGCCAGCAAGGAGCAGGAGGAGGUGAAGGAGGAGCAGCAGCAGGAGGUGAAGGAGGAGGAGCAGGAGGAGGUGAAGCGAGUCUGCACAGAAGGUUCUCCAGUGUCUUCCCCUCAGGCCACACGUCUCAUGAACCGUCUGCCAGAGCUCAGAGGGUUCGUGGCAUCGAGACGAGGAGAGAGAGAUGAGAUGCAAGACUCGCAUGUUCUACUGUCGGACAUGAGAGGUCUACUGAAGACCAGGCCUAAAGCUGUUUCUCGUGUUUCGUUCUUUGCUGUCUUCGAUGGACACGGAGGAGCGCGCGCCUCCAGGUUCGGCGCCCAAAACCUGCACCAGACUCUGGCCCAGAAGUUUCCCUCAGGUGACUGCUCAAACCUGGACAAGCUGAUCAAGAAGAGUCUCCUGGACACGUUCAAACAGACGGACGACGACUUCCUCAAGAGAGCGACGAGCCAGAAGCCGGUCUGGAAGGACGGCUCCACAGCCACAUGUGCUCUGGUGGUUGAUGAUACCGUUUAUGUGGCCAAUCUGGGAGACAGCAGGGCUGUCCUCUCUCUCCUCCUCUGUCUCCCCAGGCUGUCCUCUCUCUCCUCCUUCUGUCUCCCCAGGCUGUCCUCUCUCUCCUCCUCCUGUCUCCCCAGGCUGUCCUCUCUCUCCUCCUCCUGUUUCCCCAGGCUGUCCUCUCUCUCCUCCUCCUGUCUCCCCAGGCUGUCCUCUCUCUCCUCCUCCCCUUGUCUCCCCAGGCUGUCCUCUCUCUCCUCCUCCUGUCUCCCCAGGCUGUCCUCUCUCUCCUCCUCCUGUUUCCCCAGGCUGUCCUCUCUCUCCUCCUCCUGUCUCCCCAGGCUGUCCUCUCUCUCCUCCUCCUGUUUCCCCAGGCUGUCCUCUCUCUCCUCCUCCUGUCUCCCCAGGCUGUCCUCUCUCUCCUCCUCCUGUCUCCCCAGGCUGUCCUCUCUCUCCUCCUCCUGUCUCCCCAGGCUGUCCCUCUCUCUCCUCCUCUGUCUCCCCAGGCUGUCCUCUCUCUCCCCCUCCUGUCUCCCCAGGCUGUCCUCUCUCUCCCCCUCCUGUCUCCCCAAGCUGUCCUCUCUCUCCUCCUGUCUCCCCAGGCUGUCCUCUCUCUCCUCCUCUGUCUCCCCAGGCUGUCCUCUCUCUCCUCCUCCUCUGUCUCCCCAAGCUGUCCUCUCUCUCCUCCUGUCUCCCCAGGCUGUCCUCUCUCUCCUCCUCCCUGUCUCCCCAGGCUGUCCUCUCUCUCCUCCUCCUGUUUCCCCAGGCUGUCCUCUCUCUCCUCCUCCUGUCUCCCAGGCUGUCCUCUCUCUCCUCCUCCUGUUUCCCCAGGCUGUCCUCUCUCUCCUCCUCCUGUCUCCCCAGGCUGUCCUCUCUCUCUCUCCUCCCAGGCCUCUCUCUCCUCCCCCAGAGUGUGUCUCUCUCUCCUCUGUCUCCAGGCUGUCCUCUCUCCUCUCUGUCUCCCCAGGCUGUCUCUCUCUCCCCUCUCUCCCCAAGCUGUCCUCUCUCUCCUCUGUCUCCCAGCUGUCUCUCUCUCUCCUCUCUGUCUCCCCAGGCUGUCCCUCUCUGUCUCCCAGCUGUCCUCCUCUCUCUCUCCCCAGGCUGUCCUCUCUCUCCUCCUCCUCUGUCUCCCCAGGCUGUCCUCUCUCUCCUCCUCCUCUGUCUCCCCAGGCUGUCCUCUCUCUCCUCCUCCUCUGUCUCCCCAGGCUGUCCUCUCUCUCCUCCUCUCUGUCUCCCCAGGCUGUCCUCUCUCUCCUCCUCCUCUGUCUCCCCAGGCUGUCCUCUCUCUCCUCCUCCUCUGUCUCCCCAGGCUGUCCUCUCUCUCUCCUCCUCUGUCUCCCAGGCUGUCCUCUCUCUCCUCCUCCUGUCUCCCCAGGCUGUCCUCUCUCUCCUCCUCCUGUCUCCCCAGGCUGUCCUCUCUCUCCUCCUCUGUCUCCCCAGGCUGUCCUCUCUCUCUCCCUCUGUCUCCCCAGGCUGUCCUCUCUCUCCUCCUCCUGUCUCCCCAGGCUGUCCUCUCUCUCCUCCUCUCCCAGCUGUCCUCUCUCCCUCUGUCUCCCCAGGCUGUCCUCUCUCUCCUCCUCCUCUGUCUCCCCAGGCUGUCCUCUCUCUCCUCCUCCUCUGUCUCCCCAGGCUGUCCUCUCUCUCCUCUUCCUCUGUCUCCCCAGGCUGUCCUCUCUUCCCUCUCUUACUCUCUGUCUCCCCAGGCUGUUCUCUCUCUCCUCCUCCUCUGUCUCCCCAGGCUGUCCUCUCUCUCCUCCUCCUCUGUCUCCCCAGGCUGUCCUCUCUCUCCUCCUCCUCUGUCUCCCCAGGCUGUCUCUCUCUCUCCUCCUCUGUCUCCCCAGGCUGUCCUCUCUCUCCUCCUCUGUCUCCCCAGGCUGUCCUCUCUCUCCUCCUCCUCUGUCUCCCCAGGCUGUCCUCUCUCUCCUCCUCCUGUUUCCCCAGGCUGUCCUCUCUCUCCUCCUCCUGUCUCCCCAGAGUGUCCUCUCUCUCCUCCUGUCUCCCCAAGCUGUCCUCUCUCUCCUCCUGUCUCCCCAGAGUGUCCUCUCUCUCCUCCUGUCUCCCCAGGCUGUCCUCUCUCUCCUCCUCCUCUGUCUCCCCAGGCUGUCCUCUCUCUCCUCCUCCUUUGUCUCCCCAGGCUGUCCUCUCUCUCCUCCUCCUCUGUCUCCCCAGGCUGUCCUCUCUUCCCUCUCUUACUCUCUGUCUCCCCAGGCUGUCCUCUCUCUCCUCCUCCUCUGUCUCCCCAGGCUGUCCUCUCUCUCCUCCUCCUCUGUCUCCCCAGGCUGUCCUCUCUCUCCUCCUCUGUCUCCCCAGGCUGUCCCUCUCUCUCCUCCUCCUGUCUCCCCAGGCUGUCCUCUCUCUCCUCCUCCUGUCUCCCCAGGCUGUCCUCUCUCUCCUCCUCCUGUCUCCCCAGAGUGUCCUCUCUCUCCUCCUCUGUCUCCCCAGGCUGUCCUCUCUCUCCUCCUCUGUCUCCCCAGGCUGUCCUCUCUCUCCCCCUCCUGUCUCCCCAAGCUGUCCUCUCUCUCCUCCUGUCUCCCCAGGCUGUCCUCUCUCUCCUCCUCUGUCUCCCCAGGCUGUCCUCUCUCUCCUCCUCCUCUGUCUCCCCAAGCUGUCCUCUCUCUCCUCCUGUCUCCCCAGGCUGUCCUCUCUCUCCUCCUCCUCUGUCUCCCCAGGCUGUCCUCUCUCUCCUCUUCCUCUGUCUCCCCAGGCUGUCCUCUCUCUCCUCCUCCUCUGUCUCCCCAGGCUGUCCUCUCUCUCCUCCUCCUCUAUCUCCCCAGGCUGUCCUCUCUCCUCCUCCUGUCUCCCCAGGCUGUCCUCUCUCUCCUCCUCCUGUCUCCCCAGGCUGUCCUCUCUCUCCUCCUCCUGUCUCCCCAGAGUGUCCUCUCUCUCCUCCUCUGUCUCCCCAGGCUGUCCUCUCUCUCCUCCUCUGUCUCCACAGGCUGUCCUCUCUCUCCCCCUCCUGUCUCCCCAAGCUGUCCUCUCUCUCUCUCCUCCUGUCUCCCCAGGCUGUCCUCUCUCUCCUCCUCUGUCUCCCCAGGCUGUCCUCUCUCUCCUCCUCUGUCUCCCCAGGCUGUCCUCUCUCUCCUCCUCCUCUGUCUCCCCAAGCUGUCCUCUCUCUCCUCCUGUCUCCCCAGGCUGUCCUCUCUUCCUCCUCCUCUGUCUCCCCAGGCUGUCCUCUCUCUCCUCCUCCUCUGUCUCCCCAGGCUGUCCUCUCUCUCCUCCUCCUCUGUCUCCCCAGGCUGUCCUCUCUCUCCUCUUCCUCUGUCUCCCCAGGCUGUCCUCUCUUCCCUCUCUUACUCUCUGUCUCCCCAGGCUGUCCUCUCUCUCCUCCUCCUCUGUCUCCCCAGGCUGUCCUCUCUCUCCUCCUCUGUCUCCCCAGGCUGUCCUCUCUCUCCUCCUCCUCUGUCUCCCCAGGCUGUCCUCUCUCUCCUCCUCUGUCUCCCCAGGCUGUCCUCUCUCUCCUCCUCUGUCUCCCCAGGCUGUCCUCUCUCUCCUCCUCCUCUGUCUCCCCAGGCUGUCCUCUCUCUCCUCCUCCUGUUUCCCCAGGCUGUCCUCUCUCUCCUCCUCCUGUCUCCCAGAGUGUCCUCUCUCUCCUCCUGUCUCCCCAAGCUGUCCUCUCUCUCCUCCUGUCUCCCCAGAGUGUCCUCUCUCUCCUCCUGUCUCCCCAGGCUGUCCUCUCUCUCCUCCUCCUCUGUCUCCCCAGGCUGUCCUCUCUCUCCUCCUCCUCUGUCUCCCCAGGCUGUCCUCUCUUCCCUCUCUUACUCUCUGUCUCCCCAGGCUGCUGUCCUGUGUCGCAUGGAGCAAAGUGAGGGGAGACUGAAGCCUGUGACUCUGAGUCUGAGUAAAGAACACAACCCCACAAUGUACGAGGAGCGAAUGAGGAUCCAGAGAGCAGGAGGAACUGUGAGAGAGGGCAGGGUCCUGGGAGUCUUGGAGGUCUCUCGCUCUCUGGGGGACGGUCAGUACAAACGCUGCGGGGUCAUUUCCACUCCAGACCUGCGGAGGUGCCAGCUCACUCGCAACGACAGGUUCAUGCUUUUGGCCUGUGACGGUUUAUUCAAAGUUUUUUCUGCUGAUGAAGCUGUCAAGUUUGUGCUACACAUCCUGCAGAAAGGUGAAGGUUCAGAGGAGCAGAAGGACUCUGGGGUGGUCUCAGACUCUCUCCUGGACUCUGCCUGUCAGCAGCUGGCGUCUGAGGCGGUCAGACGCGGUUGUGCCGAUAACGUCACUGUGAUCCUUGUCUUUAUUUCGUUUCCUAAAUAA